AGUUCUUACUUUUGUUUUUAAAAGUUCCAUUUUCUCUUCUACAGGAGCUCAAACUUUCAAAAAUGCUUGAAAUCGACAAAGACAAGAAAGUGUUGAUCGGAUGCUUGGCAGGCUCGUUUUUGUUUUAUCACACUGCCCGUCAAAUCUAUUCAUACAUGAGUGUGAAGCCUCGUGAAUGGGUUCCAGUUGGAGUUGUCAAAAGUCUUCAUAUUUUUCCCAUCAAAUCUUGCAAGUCCGUCGACGUUUUCGCAUUCAAAUGCACAAAACUUGGUCCAGUGAUGGGAGAUCUGGAAGAUCGAGCUUUUAUGUUGGUUGAGGAGAGCACCGGAAAGUUUAUCACCGCUCGUCAGAAGCCGAAACUAGUGCAUGUUGAAAACUACAUGACCGAUGGAAUGCUAGAAGUCACAGUGCCAGGACAACCGAAGUUAUCAGUUGAUCUUAGGAAAGUUUUGCAAAAUAAAAGAACAAUUCGUGCUACACUCUUCAAGAACUUGAAACAGGAUGGCUAUGACUGUGGUGAUGAGGUUGCCAAGUUGUUGUCAGAUUAUAUCGAAGAGCCAAAUUAUCGCCUGAUUUUCUACAAAGAAGGACUUUACACCGAAAGAACGGUCAUUCCUGAUGAUCAAUGGUGGAACAAUCCAGUGCCAAAGAGAAAUGACGAUUCAGGUUUCACUGAUUUGGCCCCGUUUCAUAUUGCCACCGACGCUUCACUAAAAGUUCUCAAUGAAAAGUUGGACAAUAAGAUAACCAUGCGAUACUUCCGCCCAUCAAUCUACAUCGAAGGUUGCGCCGCGUGGGACGAGGACAAAUGGGCCGAAAUUCGCAUCGGAGACGCGCAUCUCGAAUGCUUCGCACCGUGCACACGAUGCGUCCUGACGACUGUUGAUCCAGUAAAAGGAGAGAUGAGCAAAGAAAUGCAGCCACUGAAGAAGCUCAGAGAGUUCCGACUGGUUCCAGACGGCAAAAUGCGAAAAGUUCAUAUGGAAAGCCCAGUUUUCGGUGUGUAUGCAGGAUUGGUCAACGAAGGUUAUAUUCAUACUGGACAGACCGUGUAUGUCAGAUAUAAGCCAACAGCUUUUUGAUUCGAAAGUAUUUUUUUUAGUAAACACUGUCAGAUGAAUAAAAUUUGAAUUCUC